CGCGCCGCCGCCAUCCUAUCGGAUUAGACAGCUCGAGGCUGUACCCGCGCCCCUCUCCGGCGCCCCGGUCCGGCGACCCUCCCUGAGCAAGAUCCACUGUAGCUGAAAGUGCAGGAUGGACACCACCCAGUUUGCCAUGAUUGAGGAGCUGGCCUCGCUCGUCAGGGACAACCUCUACAGCAAGCACCUUGUCCUCUCCACCGAGGAGUUCCUCGUCACCCUUCUACAACACCAUUACCACGAAGACGAUGACGAUGAGCAUGAUCGGGACAUGACUUGUACACAUCGCGGGUCAGUUGGGAAUACCAUAGAGCUCCAGCCCACCAGCUCAUACAACCGCCUUCUCUUGCAUCGCCUCGCCGACAUCUAUGGGUUCGCUCAUGAAUCUGUUGGUGAGGACGAUGAUCGGCAUUUAGUUCUCCAACGCUGCCCUGAAACAGCCAUCCCUCCUGUCCUUGUGAGCGAUGUGUUAUGGAAGUAUGACGACAGUGAUGGUCCUUCAGCUUCUGUUUUUCUAGCAAGAAAUGAGACAGAUCUUCAGAAAACUUACGAGACGGAAGUUGUUCAAGACACUAUUUCUGUUGAAAGCCUACAACUGAAGACUGAUACAGAUGCGAAGCCUUUGAAGCAGGCAGUGCCACUUUCAGCAGCAUCCCUCAAGGAUAGGGAGGCUGCUUAUCAAGCUGCUCGCGAGCGAAUCUUCUCUACACACGAGGCCAAGGGGAAGGACACAUCAGCGGCAAAACCUAGACAUGUUCCCGCUGUUGCUCAGCGGAUGAUUUCGCACGCACUUGGUAAAAGAGUUGAAGAUACAAAGGAGAGAGCCGACACUGUGAACAACAGAAAGGAGCCAGUAAAUGGACGAAACAUUCAGACAGGUAGCAUGAACAAGCAGUACGCAGUUAGACCAGUCAGAAAACAAGAGAACUAUAUAGCUAGGAAAUACAACUCGAGCUUGCCCGGUGGAGAUCCUCACCCUUCUACUCAAAGCCGCCAUACGCCUCAUGUUAGCGCCGAGACGCUGAAGAAAGAGCAGACUGGUGCGGCGAAAAGGAUGUUUGCGAACGCGUUGCGGCUGCCUGGGGUCGAGAUGAGUGACGGUGCAGCGAGGAAACCCAAGUAACAGGGCUGGAGAUGAACGAGAUACCAAGAAUACAUGAGCUGGGGUCUGGCUUAUCUGCCGUGUGAUGGAGCUAGAAGUGCUCGAAGUGCCAGUCUGCUUGUAUGGAAUGACAGCUUGUGAUGGCCUGUUGGAUGUUAGAAGCAGAUGAAAGGCUUGGCUGUUGAAUUCAGCCAGCGGGAGACAGUGCACUGUAAUGUUUCGCCUGCCUCGAGUGGAGUUGAGUAGCUGAGUCAGAGAAAAAGCGAGGACAAAAGGCGAGAAAGUUGAAUCAACAGUUGCCUAUCCUGUCCGAAUUGGUCUACUAGUAGUAAGUAGUAGUAUCAGUUGUUUGCCUAGAGAAAGAAAUAUCUUUGUUAGCACCUAAUCUAGUGAGUGCUUUGGCUCUCCAACCUGUUCUAUUAGUCUAUACAGAGGAGGAUACAACAACUUCAUUCCGUGCUGUAUCUUAGUGUUUUUUUUUCAUAAUACUAUAUAUUGGUUUGGUUUUGAAGGGUUCCCUGCAAUUUCUUAUGGUCCGUGCAUGAAAUUCAUUCUGUAUUUUGGUGUC